CUUUCCUCCACUUUUCCGUCUAAUUUUCGACCUAUACUACCACCACUUGUGUAGCCAUGAUGGCUGACUUCGCUCAACCCUCCAAUUUUGAAGACUUCUUCAACUUCGACAUGUUCGCUGGGCCGUCUACCGGGCCAGGUACCUCCUCUUCUCGCUCAUCCUCGAACUCCCCUUCGCAAUCAUUUGUCGCGCUCCCACCGACGCCCCCAACCGCGUUUGAAAUGGCAUUCAACCCCGACAGCCAGUUUUUCACUGACUCGUAUCUCGAGGACGACUUCACCAAGCUCGAGCCUCAAACCAUAGCGCCCAUGUCCACGACAUCGCAUGGCUUCCUGAGUGGCUUCCCUCCUAUAUUUGAGGAAAGCAGCUCUGAAAGCUCCAGCGACUCCCCCGGCACAAUCGACCCUCAGCUCGUUGAGACACCCGCCACAUCCUCCCGAAGCGAGUUCAGCGAUGAGGAGGAGGAGCGCGAAGAAGAGGAAGCUGCCGCGACACCUGACGGUGACGAUUUCGCCGCCCUCAAAGUUGGCGGUAAGGGCAAGUCCCGCAAGGGAACGGUUCAAUCUGGAGGCGUCGUCAAGAAAAUCGGCCCUGUCGCGGAGAAAGAGAAGUCGCCUGCUACCGGCAUCCUCAGCACAACCACAACUGAUCCCGACGAUUGGCGACCGACACCUGAGGAGUACAAGAAGAUGUCUAGCAAGGAGAAGCGGCAGUUGCGCAACAAGAUCAGUGCAAGGAAUUUCCGUGUGAGGCGAAAGGAGUAUAUCUCCACCCUCGAAGGUGACAUUGCAGAGCGCGACCGCCUGCUCGAUGCCAUCCGAACGGAGCUGCGCAGUACCAGCAACGAGAACAAAGCACUGCGUCAGGAGAUUGACGCGCUCAAGAAGGCGCUCCUCGAGGGCCGCGCAGACACCCCUGUGCUCCCCCCGCCUGCGCCAUUGCCGCAAAUAUCGGCGGCUGCGGUACUUGCUGGUUCCAGCCUCAAGAGCCCGCCGCCAACACCGUCGCCUGCACCCAAGAGCCCGAUGCUCACGCCCAACCUACACAAGGAUCUUCCAAUGUCGCCACGCCUUGCCGGCCGCAAUUUCUGGGGCGGCAACCUCGGUCUCGGCGGCAUCACGCCUGUGCACACCACUUUCGUUCCCGACCUCUCGAGCGUGCUCUCAGGCAAGCCUGUCGCUGCUACUAAGCGCAGCAUGGGCCUGCAGGAGAACAUCAAUCCGACGCUCAACGGCCAGGCGUACCCCGAGAAGACGAUGGAAAUCUCGAUGCCGAUGACACCCUUUGACUCGUUCACCGAGAUGAAUCCGUUCACGAUGAAAACCCUCGACGCCUACCGCAUGCACCUCUGGACGCGGAUGGCACAACAGCAGGCGCAGUUCCGCGCUGCGCAAAGCCAACAGCACCCGGACGGCAGCAGGAGCCCGUCACCACACCUCACUGGUCUCGCAACGAACCUCCGCCCACACUACUUCGCGAAGAACUCGUCCGUGCUGUCCACGGUGCUAUCCGGCAAGUCAGCUGCGGGCGCUUACCCGUCGCCGCCCUCAUCGCCUGCGACGACGCACACGACGCUUCCUGGCCAGGUCCCCGCCAAGCAGCAGAUCACACCAACGCCACAGCAGGCUAUGCUUGCGGGCAUGGCUUCACAAACGCUCCUCGGCAAGCUUGGCUCCGCCUUCUGGGACGCGUUCUCCGGAGGAUCGCCUGCCAACUCCAAGCUCGACACUGACAAAGUGCGCAAGGUCCUCGAGGGCAAGGCCGUUCUCCGUGUUGUCGACGUCGACGCGCCGCAUGCGCCUAUGCAGCAACCCUUGGCCUCCGCUUCAAACGAGCGCAUCAUCCCGCCGUCACCACGCCCUGUGCGCGUGGCAACCCCAGUAUCGAACAAGUGCGACCCUGGCGCGUCCUCGCUCGAGAAGAUGAUCGGCAAGCUGCACAUCUGAACGACGUCUACUCUUCGAACUCUUCGCUCUUUCCACAUCCUUGAUGUGGUUGGUGGCGGGGAAAAACAAAGACCGCGAACAAGAAUAAAGCAAAUGUGGACUCUGUUGUAGCUGGUUUUACUCUAUAUAUUUUCUCCCGUUUUUCUCGGUGGUACAAAGUCUUUUUUCAUUCGCUCCAAUUUGCCAAGUCUUGGCACACCCCCUCUCACUCCUGCAUCUCCCGUCUGCUGUCACGGCCUCACUCCCCUCCUUCUGCAUCUCUGUCUGCUAGAAACCUGCUGUCCUCGUACAUAAUGUAAAGUGUGCCCUCGUCGCUAGUCCUGAUUUUGUAGCUACCAGCUUUGAAAUGGAACAAACGUUGCG